UUGAUAUUUGAUAUAAGGUCCGUGGAACCCUAUCGGCUGUCACGUUUUUUACCGGCUGAUGUGAACAUUGAACCGUGCUUAAUAUAAUUUAUGUUUGUUCUUCUUGACUAGAUUUUCUUUUCGAUACCUGUGCUGUGGAGGGCUUUCCGUGAUUGUUUUAUUUAACCAUCCACUAUUUCUACUAUGGAAGAAGAACAACGCCGGAUGCAGAGUGCAGUAUAUGAUGUUUUAAAUGACAUUGAUAGAAAAUGUUUAAGGACUUUGCAAAUUCAGAUGCAUCAAUGUGCUAUUGAUUGUUGUAGGGACCCUUCAAAAAACAUUGAAUCAUUGGAAGUGUGUAAUGAAAAUUGUUCAAAGGAAGUCACAGCUGCUCGAAACUAUGUUCAAAAUGAAUUUAAUAAGUGGCAGCAUAGAAUACAACGUUGUGUUCAAGAUUGCGGUGAUGCUGUUAUGGAUAAAAUGCCCAGCGAGAGAAAUCGGAAUGAAAAUGAGGUGAAUAAAUAUAUAAAAGAAGCUGAAGGAUGUACGUCACAAUGUUUUGCAAAAUACAUUAAGUUAUUACCACAAUUGAGCAAUAAGAUUGUUGAUAAUUUGUCCAAUAAAAAAUUACAAUAAAUCUAAUAGCAUUUAUAUAAAGUUACAAAAAUCAUAUAUUUGUUUAAUAUAAGAUCAAAUUAUGCCCACAUUUCAACAUAUUGUGCUCAUGUAGUUAUUUUUAACAUAUUAAAGUUAAUAUAGU